UGAGAACCUCCCUUUCGCUCACCAGUGCAGGAUGCUACCUCUUGUUCGGCGCAGACUUCUGGGCACACUCAAGAAUCCUGCCUUGAUCAUUCAGUUUGUCGCGUUCGCGCUCAAUGUUAUAUCCAUCGUCGGGGCCUAUGACAGCAACCCCAUGUUUGUGACAGUAUGCGGCGCAGUGUCUGCGCUCGUUGCUUUUCUACUUGGCGUCUUCUCGAGACACCUGGCAAGACGACGUGUUCGCUAUCCAAAAUAUGACCUCGAGUCUCCGCCGGUCAGCGACGCGGAAGAGACGGAUGAUCGUCCCUUGUCGUCUGCCACCUCUUCGUCUUAUGUCGCUAGCCAACAUUCGAGCCAUCCGGACUCAGAAACAAUACGCUAUAUGCCUCGUGGGUCUCCUCCGCAGAGCGUUCGGUCUGAACCGACUUAUACGGGCGGAGGCUUGGGAGCGACAGGGGCUUUAUUGAACAACAAUGCGUCUGAGCCCAGCUUUCCUUACUACGCCUCGGUUCCGCGAACUCCCGUGCCGCAACCCAUCGCAGAUCUUCCUCAAAAUACGUUUGCAUUUCCGGCUCUGACCCAGGCGCCACCGUUACCCACUUCAUCGCGUGGCCUGAAGGGUCUGGACAAGUUCUCGUCCUUCGGCAGGGCGAGCAGUCGACUAAAUCAUCUCGCCAAGGAGAACGGAUGGUCGGUCAACAACGUCUUCACCUCCUUUGGGGCCGACCACGCGAGGACGCAUGUUUGCAGGGUGCAUUACGAAGGAGAUUUCUUCUACUUCAAUUGUGCGCGCGAGCUAGACGCAUUGCCUUGUCUCUAUUACCCGUACCGGCCCUCAGAAUCCGACAUCCUCUGGUAUCAUUGCUCGUUUCCCGGUCGCAGUGAUUGCCGCGUUCCAGCAGAGUGGGCUUUUCAAGGGUCUGCGACUCGAGCCGGCGGUGGUGGUGCGGUGACUCAGGAUAGCUUAUUGAACGUCGAGAAGACCUUCGAUCGGAACAAGACUAUGCUUAGCGUACCCGUGAUCAGACCCGUGUCGCGCUUCUUACUUCGCGUGCUCAGUAACACGGGACUCUUGUUUAACUUCCUGGCCUUUGCGCUCAGCAUGGCGGCGGUCAUCGGCGCGUUCGAUAGCAAUCCCGUCUUCGUGACCAUCUGCGGGUCUCUAGCCCCGGUCGUAGCCAUCCUCGGGAUAUUCGCAAAGCGGCUUACUUUGUGGCGCUCUUCUCGACGUCGUGAUGACCUCGAAGCUAGCUUCGACGCCGCCGUCCAAGACGACCAAUGGACCCAACUGAGCUGCCCGGAGGCCAUCAGCCCAGCAACCUCCACGUCCUCCUUCUGCUCCUCAUCGCCGCCACGAAGUCCGGAGACCACUUCUGCAUUAAUCAAUCCGUGGGCGGACAGGGCAACCCUUCCAUGGUCAUCGUCGCCAACCCCGUCAUUGCCAUCGCCGUCUGACGAGGCUAUGAUUACGACAGAGGUCACGCCUCUGAUUCUGCCCAUUCAAGGCAUCGACAAGUUGUCCGGCUACACCCGCUGGCGCGCGCGUCUGAGGUUCCUUGCGAAGCAGAAUGGCUGGGCGAUGAGCGAGGAAUGCACUCUGGAUGGACCGAAGCAUAUACCUACGUGGUUUUGUCGACUACAAGGCUACUGCCCGAAUGCGGCGCAGGCGUCCUGCCACUCAGUCAUUUUGGCUGCGACUAGGAAGACUGGGGCACGUCAGCUGAGUGGACGAUGCAGGGAUCAGCACGCCGCUGUCGUCGUUCUCGACUCCAUCAAGGUCCUCACCGUGAAUACCGCUGGCGCGCGCGACCUCACCAACGACGCUACCCUUGCCAACGUCGCUGGCCAGGGCUAUGCUGUCCAGUAUAGCAUCAAUGGCACAUUCACAUCUAUCGCUGCUUGGAUCAAUGCCAUCGGUCAGCUUCACCAAAAUCCGUUCGAUGACAAGGUUGCAGCCAAGGUCAUCUCGGCGCUCAGCCCCUUCGUUCACGCGUACUCCGGCCUAAUGUCUGCCCUCGUCGACAAGUAUAGCGUGCUUGUUUCCAAGGGCAGUCCUCUCGCCCCAGACGGCGCGAUCAUCGGAAAGAAUAUUGCUGCACUGCAAUUCGCCGUUGCUGUGUAUUUCAACUGGCUGGCGAUCUUCGUCCCCACUCGCCUGGCAGAGCUUAACGAGCUGGGGAAAAAGGCCUACGACGCGUACGAGCAGGCUGCGGCCAAGUACCCCAAGCCGGAAGGCAAGGGCGGAAGCUCCCUAAAGGCCGCAGGUGGCCUUGACCUAAACAUUUCCGAGCCGGCGAAGUGAGCGCGAAGGAGGGCCAGAUGUUGCGUCGCCGCCAGCCCUGACUCAAGCCUCGAAGGAAACAUAGAAAAUUUAAUAGUCGUCUCAGUGCCCAAAUUUUGUACAAUGCAUGCCCGUCUGAAGGAAGCCUGCCUACUACGUCGACGUGCGCACAUGAGAACGAGUCUUCAAGCCCAUUUGAACG